UAAACAAAGGACGCAUAUUCUCCGUGUAUUUUGACUUCAUAAUAUGGCGGCACGUCAGCUCCAUUUGUAAGUCACGGUAACCGAUAAGUUGUUCGAAAUCCCCAAGUCAAAAGACAAAAAAACAUAACCCCAUGGCGUUUUGCAACCAUAAUUUCCUAGGAGUACCUGAAGGCAGCAGGAAGGCUGUCAGCGUGGAAGCGUCAAGAUGGUGGUAUGUGUUUCUGCAGCAUGUUGCAGAUGUAAACAGUGAGCUGAUUCAGUAAGCCCUGGGUUAACUUUUCUUGUCUUUUUGUCUUAAACAGAAAUUUGGGCUCCAGUUCAAGGCCACUCUGGAAAAUGUCACCAAUGUGAGACCGGAGGGCGACGAUUUCCGCUGGUUUCUGAAGGUAGGAUGGGUGUCAAGUUAGCAUACCAGCUAAGUUAGUUUAUAGUGUUAUAAUAACUACGGCAAAUUUAGCGUUCUUGUUAAAAUGAAUUGGUAGUCAAAACUCAUGAUCUGGUACCACUGUUUGCUCUGUUGAAGCUAUUAAUGAUUACCUUUUCCCUUCUCUACUGACUUGUGCGCUCGGGGUACAAUCAGUCUAUCUAUGGGUACAAUUAAUGGGGUGUAUUAAAAAUAGAUACUACGGUGGCCCUGAAGUGCAAUACAGAAAUAUAAAUGAAAAUUUUAAAGAAACGCAAUGACAUAAACCAGAAAAAUCACAACAACACUUGCCUAGAAUAGAAAGCAAUUUGCAGCUGAGGUAAAGAAGGUUGCUGUUCAUUGGACAAUUGGACUGUCAAUCUGCAAUAAUUCAUGUCGCUACCUUGCUUUACUUAUAAGAAAUUAAUGUCUUUGUGUUUUCAGAUUUGUUAUUGUGUUUGCCUCUUUGUUUUUAUGUGUUCGCUGUACUUCACCCCUUGCUCAGUUUUCUCAUGUAAAUGCUGACAGCGGGGGCUAAGAAACAGAAACUUUAAACAGAAGCUUUAUUGUCUUUUAUUUCAUUGUUAUGCAGUUUUUCUUUUAAUCAAAAUGCUUCACCUCAUAUUGCACAACAUUAAGGCACAACUUUGAAUUAGAAUAAGAAGUGAAAGACAAAGUAUUAUGGACAGUCAAAAAGUAUACAGACAGAUAAUGUACAUGACAAUAAAGUAGCUCUCAUCAGAAAAAGUCCAUAUUGCACUGUUAGAGAACUACAUGUUCACUUUCUUAGCAUGAUGAACAAAGUUUGAGCAUUCACAGUAAACAGUUAACCCAGGGGAUAGUUUUGUCUACAUGCCUAAAUACAUUAAGUUGUUGACAAAUGAGUGGCUGACUAGGUGCACUUAAUAAAGUGUCCGGUGAGUGUAUAAUACACUGUAGAAAAGAUAAGUACAAAGUGAAGCAGACAAAUAGAAAAUAGGAGAGAUGUACAAGAUAGUGUGUGAGUGUCUACAGUAUGUGAUAGAAGGUUGGCAGGAUGCAGCAUAUUUGUUUCCAAAGUAGUUUAGCUCAAGAAGACAAACUGUCCUGCAGUCUGUUUGCCGGUUUGAUGGAUCCAUAGUUCCUUUCAGAGGGCAGCUAUUUUAUAUAUUUUUUUAACCUUUCUAUGUUUUUUAACCUUUGUGUAGCUGAAGUGUGGAAACUGUGGAGAGGUCCCAGAGAAAUGGCAGUAUGUAACUUUAGCGGUAAGGAAAAAGUGACCCUUUGGUAGUUUGGUUUGUUGCAAAGAUUGUGACACACAUAAAGCUCCUUCUUUUUUAUGGAUUUCACAGGAUAGUGUCCCUCUAAAGGGAGGAAGAGGCAGUGCCAGCAUGGUGCUAAAGUGUAAACUCUGUGCAAGGGAAAAUUCAAUAGGUAUGAACUGACAUCUCGUUUUUUUACUUACUUUGUUUUCUCUUUCAAAGGUUUGAACUCAGAUUGAAUUUUAAUUUCUUGUUUUUUUUUCAGAUAUCCUGAGAGACACCAUUAAACCUUACAAUGUAAGUGAGCAUCUUGUAGUUCUAUUUUUUAUCUACCUACAAGUUUCUACAUCAAAGCAUGACUAACAGUGUAAGGACAGAAAUUUCUACUUUUCUUCUCCACUAAACCUUUUAUUUGCAAAGUCCUAAUUUUAGUCAAACAAAGAAGGAAACAAGCAUCAGCUGAUGGCAGAGCUUCAAAUAAUGGUUAAACAGUAUGUUGUCUCACAGGGAGGUUUUCAAACUGGUUGUCUGGAAAUAUUGUUGCCUUUUUCUCUCCUUAGUUUUCCUUUUCAGUUCUGAGCAAACCAAACAGCAACGGUUUUAUAAAUGUCCAAUAAAUGCUUUUUUUCCCAUAAUAAUCAGCAGUGUAAUGGUUUUAAUGCUCCUCUGUUUUUGCUGUGUCGAAGGCUGAAGACAGUGAGCGCUUCAAGACGAUGGUGCAGUUUGAGUGUCGAGGUCUGGAGCCGGUUGACUUUCAACCACAAGUAAGAGUCACUGAAGAGACGAGUUUAACCGUGUGAACUGGGAGUGACAAUGUGCACAGGUCUCACAAAUAAACAUGCCUCUUCCAUUCAAAUGAACCAGCAUCCUCAACAACGAAGCAUAAAACAAUCAGUUAUGACGGCUUAUGUUAUUUAAAAUAUGUUUUCUCCACGGGUAUUUGAAAAUCUUCUGAAAGCAAACUUUGAAAGUACAGCGUGUACUUACUAACUAACCUUGAAUGAAAUUUUGGCUCAACAGCUAUAUAAUUAUAACUAUUUUGAUAUUAGAAAUUACAUGAGUCCACAAAGGUCUGCUGGCAUUGCUAUGAACAAUUAUUGUUUUUGGCUCACUUAGAUAAACUAACCUGUAAAUUAGUAAGACACACCUGCACUGCUGCUCCUGCUGAAACAGGAUACCAAGUGUGGAGACAAUAUAUCACAGAAAAGAAAGAACUUGGCAGUAAGAUAUUGCAAUAAAACUCCUUUUAUUUUUGUAUUUUAACGUGUGUAGGCUGGCUUCGCUGCACAAGGCGCAGAGUCCGGAACACAGUUUCCUGAAAUCAACCUACAAGAAAAAGUAAGUAAAGGAGGAACAACCUGUGCAAGUUUGACAUGAAAAUCAGGUAGUUGCACAAUUAAUCUAAAUGAAACAAUAUGAAAUGAUCCUAGUAAUGUGAGGAGUCUGAAUGCAUCUUCUUAUCUGCUAAACAUGUAUUUCUUUUUUUUUGUUAAACAUCAGGACUGGACAGACUACGAUGAAAAAGUGAAGGAGUCCGUGGGAAUCUAUGAGGUCACACACCAGUUCAUCAAAUGCUGAUGUCAUCACAUAAUGAGCCGAAGAGCCGUAAAAAAUGAACACUAAAGCCAGACCUCCUCAGGCAUCCUGCACUCAGGAUAUUUCAGAGGCUGCGGUGGUAAAGGGUUUCAUUGAUGAGAGUUAAACAGAGUUUUUCAGUCAAUCAUUGUCCAGACACAACUUGGAUUGAUCAACAUGCUCAGUUUUUUUUCACUGCCUCAAUAAAAUUGAAAGGUGAAUUAUUUUAGUCAAGUGUUAUUCUUGCAUAUUUGAGUGUCACAGUUUAUUUUAGUAGAGGAGGAGUGAGUAAUAUAGUAAUAUCAACCUGUUACAGCCCAGUAUUGUAAUGGGCGGUGUAAAGCUGGGCUGAGCAAAGAUUCGUAAGUAUAGGAAGAAUUCUCACUCUGUGAGCAUAUUUAGAACUUUUAACCAUUCAUAACCUGUUAGCGACAUACAGUUCGAGAGUAGACCCCUCUUUCUUUAAAGAAAUAUUGUAUACGAAUACCAUAAAGUUCUUUGCAAUGCUUCAGUCAAGCUAUCAUACUGUGUGUGAACACUUGCAAGAGAAAUGUUGAAGUUUUCUCUGCUUAGCCCCAUGUCUAUAUAACAGUGAAGCACGGACACUUGAUAGAUAAAUGUGUGUAUUCACCAGUUAAAAAUACAAAUAGUUCAAAGUUUGGUGGUUAAACACAAUAAAAACAUUGAAUAUCAGUGAUAGUUUUUCAAACUUUUUCACAAUAUCUUUGCAUUGCGCUUGCUUCAACUGAAAGGGUUUCCAAUAAAAAAGAAAGAAACAAAA